AUGCCUGACUCACACAACCACAUGCCUGACUCACACAACCACAUGCCUGACUCACACAACCACGUGCCUGACUCACACAACCACAUGCCUGACUCACACAACCACAUGCCUGACUCACACAACCACAUGCCUGACUCACACAAGCACAUGCCUGGCUCACACAACCACAUGCCUGACUCACACAACCACAUGCCUGACUCACACAACCACAUGCCUGACUCACACAACCACGUGCCUGACUCACACAAGCACAUGCCUGACUCACACAACCACAUGCCUGACUCACACAACCACAUGCCUGACUCACACAACCACGUGCCUGACUCACACAACCACGUGCCUGACUCACACAACCACAUGCCUGGCUCACACAACCAUGUGCCUGAACACAACGAAGAAAGGACCACAGGCAGACGUUCUGGCCACUUCGUGUAUGCCUGCUCGCACACGUCGUUAGAGAGGCUCGCACACAGGGGUGGCUCUUGCACCUCUCAGACUGGAAGUCACACUAAUCUCCGAACAAAGCAUCAGGUGACGGCAACUCUUUGCACAGCUGUGCUGACAGGAUAUUCCCCCAAAGUUAUGGAUGAGUUGGAGGUGGAGAGGUUGCAGCAACAGCGCUGUAUGUAA